GUCAGAGCGACGGGUACAGAUUGUUGAAGAAGUUGUGAGCUUGUUGGGCGAGCUUCGCGCUUCGGAGACGCUUGGGCCACCACUUCCGGCGAACUUUCGAGGGACCGGAACGUCGAACAUCAUCUUCCCAAGAGGGUCACUCCACAUCUAGGGCAGCGAUCUGAUCUGACGCUUAGAAAGGAUGUCCGCUCUUCCUCGAGGCUUCGCCUGUUUCGCAGGCAAGCAUGCCUUCCGAUUACCUUGUUCCAUCCGCAUCGCCAUAUUUUCUGUUCGUCCUCAAUUCGCACAAGCACGCGCCGGCGCUCGACUCUUCACCCCUCCGACUAUCCGCCAAUAUGUCAAAGCAACUGGCAGAUUUCAGGCGAGAGCGUCGCCGACUAAUCGAUUCGUAAUAUCCGAUCCCGUGCUACGAGCCGUACAACAGACUCGGCAACCCGUGCUGCUCUAUCGCGCAGAGAAUCGCACAUUAUACACAUUUGGAGUUUAUGCCUUUGCAUGCAGUUUGGUCGGCGCCGGCCUUUUCACACUGAGAUGGGGAAAUGAAUUGCCAAGAGACCUUCCAUUCUUCGUUCAACCGACUUAUUUCGUGGUCUCAUUCAUUAUGCUUGGUAUCGCAGCAUACAUUUUCUCCUCUCCGGUAUCUCGAUGUCGCUCCAUUGAAGUUAUACCCGGAACGCUCGGAGGACCAGUUCAAUUGCGCAUAAGAGCGAGAAUACUGCCUUUCUUCAAGGACCAGGUUAUCGUGUCUCCCUUCGGAGAAGUCACCUUGGAUCAGAAGACAUACCCUGUCAGUCGGGAACUGCAGGAAGCGCAGCGAGCGCGAAAGCAAAGCAUAACAGACGGAUUGGAGGGAAUGUUCAUCAUUCCUCGCAUGUGGGAGAUAAGUGCGCGUUUUCUGGAGCAGAAGUGGACGUCGUUCUUCCUAAGAUUCAAGUUCGCCGUGCUCCGAUUUGGAAUCGUAUAUAUUGAGGCCUUUGAUCGCAAGUGGAAAAUUGAUUGCACUGGUUAUUUGCUAGAGGAUGGCAAAGCUCUUGAUCGUUUGGUGCCGGAGGAAUGAGGGAACUUGAUGUUUGAGAUACACAACUAACGCACCGAGCUGGUCGGAACGAUCUUUCUAUACCAAUGAAAGCUCUUGAAAAGCUCAAGAUUUAUAUUAAGAAGCUAGUAAACUAGUCAAAGGCACUGUAUUAUUCAAGUCCUGUACAGCAUAUGUAUAGUUUCUGUUAGUGGUCGGUCGAGCCUUCACUAGAUGAUUAUGAAGAUAGUGUACGAUAUUGUAUUUCAGUGCCCAGAUAUGAAGACAUGGCAAGUUCCUAUAAAUAUCUCUUG